AUGCUAAUGAUAUUCAGAGGGCCAGAAUAAGGAAGUCAUUCAGUUAGGGGGUGGAAGGUGUGUGUGUGUGUGUGUGUGUGUGUGUGCCGGAGUAGGGCAGUUGGUUGGUAGCGAUGGUGAAUACACAGUGGUAGUUGUAUUACUGUGAGGGAAACACUGUUUUUGUAUGUGGGCUCUGUGUGUUUUGGCAUUGGUUUGUACUGACUGCUUCUCUCUCUCUCUCUCUCUCUCUCUCUUUCCAUCCCUCUCUCUCUCUCUCAGGUGUUUUGGGGUCACUGUAUAAAUGCUCUGAUCCAUUCCAUUAUUCUCUUCUGGUUUCCACUCAAAGCAGUAGAACAUGGUAAGUAGUGGUCCCUACACACACCCUGCUAGACACUCACUCACACACGUGCACUCUUCAUUUACUUUAUAUCUUGUAGUAAAUAUUUCUGUGUGUGUGUUCUCCCCAGACACUCCUUUCAGUAACGGUCAUGGUACUGACUACCUGUUUGUGGGGAACAUGGUGUACACGGUAAGCACAUGCCCUUCACCAGGUCUCGUUUAUGUUGGCACUGACACUCUGAACAUUAACAUGGACUCAUCCCACUAAUGUAAAGCCCAGUCUGAUAAACUGUGUGUGUGUGUCAAUUACACUUUUUGGAUCCUGCUACAGAGAUGCUAGACUCUGGCCAUUAAAGCAGUAAUGAAGUGCUCUCAAGGGACUGAAGUCAGUCUACCUCAGCAAUCGCUCCACUCACCUACCUUAUUCCCUCUCUCCCCCCUCUCCCUCCUCUCUCUCCAUCACUCUGUUCCUUACAUUUAGCACGGUGUGUGUCUGUUGCGUAUUUGUGUGUGUUUAGAUGGCUGAGAGCAGCAGUUAUACUCUGAGUGUUUUAACAGGAAUUGUUGAGUUUACAGUGUACCAUUAUGGAUGUUUAUUAUCUCUGGUGUCGUUUGUGAACUAACCCUGUCUCUCUUCUUUCUCCCUUCCUUUAUCUCCCUCUCUCCCUCUCCCUAUCUAUUUCUCUAUCUCUAUCUCUCUCUCAUUCUCUCUCUCUCUCAUUCUCUCUCUCUCCCAUUCUCUCUCAUUCUCUCUCUCUCCCAUUCUCUCUCUCUGUAGUAUGUUGUAGUAACAGUGUGUUUAAAAGCUGGUAUGGAAACCACUGCCUGGACCAGGGUAAGAGUAGUCUGUUUUGCCACAACUCUAACACACUCCCACUUCACUACCCCUAUAGACUGCUUCUAUGUACCAUGGUGACAUAUAGUAGCACAUGGAUGGUAGCCUACAGAUUGACAGCUGACCGUGUUGGGUACAGGUAUAGGGGUAGGUGACAGUGUGUGGUAUACUAGUGUAGAGAGACCGGUCCCCCUACACACACACACACACACACACACACACACUCCAUGCCAUGUGUUACAGCCAUCUCAGGGCAUUCCCACUCCAGGGACGGGGUGAGGGGGGGCGUUGACACCCCCCGUCCGUUCAGCUGUCCACACAACACCCCCCGGUAAUGAAGCAGGGUCCCAUAGGUAUUCACACAGUGUCCCCUUACGGAGGGAGGGGGGAUAGACAAAGGAAAAGAGCGAGGGAGGGAGGGAAAGGGCAAGAGACCGAGAGGGAGAGGGGGAAAGAGGAGGGGGACUCUCAGGGACAAGGUUGUCUAUAUUCAGUCUUUGUACAUUAACUAUGUGACCUCGCUCCCUCUUUUUCACCCUUCCUUUCUUCUUCCUCUCAACCCCUCCCUCCCUCCUCUCCCACCCUCUCCCCUCCCUCCCCCUCCCCUCCCACCCUCUCCCCUCCCUCCCACCCUCUCCCCUCCCUCCCUCUCCACCGUCCCUCUCUCUCCCUACCUGUAGUUCUCCCACCUGGCAGUGUGGGGCAGUAUGAUUCUCUGGAUCCUCUUCUUCAUUGUCUACUCAGCUUUCUGGCCGUCCAUCCCCAUCGCUCCUGACAUGCAGGGCCAGGCAAGUCUCAUCCUCCUCUGAUUCUUCUCAUGGCUCAAACUAUCUCUUCUGUUACUACUUACAACUCUAGUGAAGGAAGCCGUGUCCACAGAGCCCUGUUGGUUAGAAAAGCUGAGGCGUGCUGCAGAGGUGUGCGGUCAGCCCCAAAACCCCAGCCUUAGACCAGGC